AUGACUGGCCAGGAUCGACAAUUGUGGCACCGUCUCCGCUCGCGUCUUGCAUUUGUUCUACUUGUCACAGCGUUUUGUCACCAACAACAUCUCUUCUUCGUGUCUCGACAAUCACUGGCGGCGAAAUAUUCAGCAACCGAGUUUGAAGUUGCCCGUCCAGAGCUCCAUCCAAGAUUCGAAAGACCAGAUGACGAGGAUGCGGAAUUUCAGGACGAUCUCAUAGCGAAUCGUGACGACUGGACAGUCCUGGGCGAAGGCUGGGAGGGCAAAGUGUUUGCCUAUAAAGAUUCGGUCAUCAAGACCUUCACACCGGGCCGGAGUCCGUUCCGUAAUUGCGCAUCUGGUGCUACAAACGAGAAGUGGCCCACCGAAAUUGCCGCCUCAUUACGGUUCGGAGGAUUCGACCAAGAAGUCAAUAACGGUGAUGCUGGAAACACUACUUUCGAGGGCUUCCUUCCUGUGCGAGCAUACUUCAAGGCAGCGCUUUCUCCCGCGGAGGACCCGGAAUGGCAUCUCGUGACACCACUGGUAGAGGACGGUAAUCUGAAGGAUCUUGCGAAGAGAUUGUCUCGCGAAGUAAAGGACAAUAGCGUUAGAGAGAUUGACGAACACUACCGACCCGCAUUUGAACGUCUUCUCCAGAACUUGCAGACACUUCACGAAGCACGAUACUGCCACGACGAUAUCAAACCAGCAAACAUCUUCGUCCAGGAAGACACGAAUUGGUUGUUAGGCGACCUAGGGAAUGUUCGCCAUGUUUCCCACGCCUACCACUCGUCCCGGCUAUGGCAGGACAACAAUCAGUUGAAGGACUGUCGCGCCAAUGACAUCAUGAGGGCACUCAAGUCCUACCUGCAAUUUAUUAGAGCUGCCAGCCCAAAUCAGCAGCAAUUUGAUGUCGAUUUCUUAGAGCGGAGAGAACCAUUAAGCCGCCUUUUCUGGACAGCGUCGGCCGGCGCACCCAAGAUGAGCGCAGCAAAACUCCAGCACCUCUCUGCUGUGGAGUACCCUCAUCGCGCUCCCGUGCCACACUCAGAUGAGCAGACUUCAGAAAUCUUGAAGCUUUUCAGGCAUUGGAGCUUGCGGAAAGCGGUAGAUCAUGCUUUGGAAACGAGGAUUGGCGAGAAACUGGCGCGGUGGUGGGGAAUAGUUAGCAUAUUUGGUGUUCCGGAGAACAAAACUUGCGGCUUUUGA